AUGGAGUGGGUGCUCAAAGGCGGAUCGAAGGCCCUGUCGGCUCGGAAGGCCGUUGUUCUGCAGAGCCGGCAGAGCGGAGUACAAAGGCAUCUUGAAAGAGAAGGACCGAUAGAAGCGUCUAUUUCCUGCUACUUCUCUACUGAAGAAGAGCACGAUGAUGUUUCGAUUCCAAGUCCGCUGUGCAAUUCUUUCCAACGCAUCCAUCCAUCCGCCUCUGUCGUGCUGUGGAGCGGAUUGCAUCUCGGCUCCAUGCAAGAUGGACACCCCAUGUUCAUCCGUCCCGUAGGACUCAUGGGAGACCAGGAGCGUCUCAAGGCUGUAAAGUGCUCAGCCGGUAGGACCAAGCUGACAGGGGACAGGCACAUGGUAAGAAGCCAUCACCGCGCUAAAGCCUAUCAACGGGUCCUUUCCAAAAGCAAAGGUGCGACUAAAGCAGAUCUCCGUGUCAAGCGCAUUGAGCUACUGUGGUGA